AUGGAAGAUUUUCCCUGUAAAACAUCGGAUAAAUCAAGUCCGAGCUUUCCAGACGCUGAUUAUGAAGAAGAACAGCUGCCUAUGUAUAAUCAAUCAGAUUCACGUGAUCAUUCCAUGAAUGGUGGGUCUCCAGUCGACAAACUGGGGAAUGAUGUCACUAUGGUAGCUGAAGAUGAGGAUGAUGAAAUGGAUGGUAGCAGACUCUUGCAUUCGCACUUGGGCAGCCCAAAACCUAAUGCUGAUAUGAGCGAAAAGAAAGUUCACUGGACCACUAGAGAUGUACAGUUGUUACUCAAAUGUGUUGAAGACCAUUUAGAGGAUUUUAAUGUUCAAAAAAAGCACAAAGCUGUGUGGCAAGCUAUCGGGGCUAAAAUGGAGCCCUAUGGAUUCACCACAGAACAUUGUUACAACAAGUGGAAAAAUCUUCGCAGAGAUGUUCGCCUUUUGGUAAACAAUCCCUCAAAGGUUGUAAGAAAUAGUCAAAUUCUUCGUGAGGUUGCUAGACUCAUCCUUAUCAUUUAUCCUAAUGUGAAUGCCUCAACGAUGCAAGUGUGCGAUAGAAGUGGAAUUAAAUCUUUACCGCCCACCCCUGGCGGUCAGGGUGUAAAUUACAAACAGGAGAUGUCAUACAGUGGUUUUAACUCACCACAUGGCAAAGCUCUUGCAGUUCGAGCAAAUCGUUCCCUUUAUUCCUCCAACGUUGCGAACAGUAUUCAUUCUACCCCUACGAGUGUUGGAAAGAGUUUUUGCGGCAUAACCAAAUCUGGCAAUAUUCCAGCUUCAGCACUUUUCGUCGAUUCCCGGCCGAAUGGUAGUAGCAAUGGAAAUGAUAAGCUCCAAAGUCUUCUUAAUAAUCAGGGUUCUCAUCCCGAACCGGAUUCAACAGCGCCAUUCCAACUGCCCUCACCGAAUUCUCUGAUCCUUCAAUCACAAUUCCUCCAGAACUUAUUGAAUCAGCAACAGCAAGCACCCAUCAAAAGCGAGUCUCAGGAGCAAGCUCAGGAUCUAUCCGCUUCACAGAAUGGUUCUCCGGACCCCCUUAGCCUUAUUCAGCAAGCUUUGGCUUUCCCACCCUCUGGAGAUCCCAACCUAUCACUUCUCACGGCAAAUCUACUCAGCUCUUUAGCUAAUUUGACUCCAUCUCACAAUCUGAAUGAGCCUGAAACGCCACCUAUGACAAACGGCUCAACCAACAAUGGUAAUCCACUCUCGGGCGUUAAUGACAACAAUUCUAACAAUAAUCCGAUUAAUUCUCUCUUCUCCAAUCAAGUCCUCGGUCUCCUUCCUGCUCUACCACCGAACCUACUUGAAUGUUUUUCGCCUAAUCUUCGUGAAAUUAAUGAAAUAAUUGACACGCUUCGUGCUGAAGAUGUUACACAAGCUCGUUUGGCUAAAAUGGCCUCGGAUGUUGCCACUGAGCUCCAUCGAUCACACCAGAAUCGACAGGUUGCCAUGGAGAAGCUCUUGAACAUCUUCAAGAAACAAGAUAAUGGUUUGGUCUAA